AUGAGCCGCGGGGCGCCCAUCCAUCCCCGUCAGCGCCACGCGCCGUGGUACCCGCCCGAGGCCCCGCCAGCCCUCACCUCCGAGGCCCCUGUCCCGCCCUCUGCACGGGACCCACCCGGGCCUGGAGCACAGAGGGGACCCCUCCGCCCCCCGGAUUUCCGCAGGAGCCCGGUCCUGCCGCGCCUGGCGGGACCCCUGUCCCACGACGCCCCCUCGGCGCGCACAGUCCCGAGCCGGGAGCCCCACGCCCAGGCAGUCCCAGCCCUCACCCUGCGCCCAGACCUGGCAUCUUUGGGCGCCGCCGCUCCGCUCUCGGCGCUCAGUCCGCGGGCCGCGCCGCCCGCUCCCGCCGCCUGCACCGCCGCCUGCACCCAGUCCCGCCCGCCCGCCCGCCGGCCCGGGGACCCGCCCUGCCCGACCCGCUCGCCCGGGAAGAUGCGGCUGCUCCCGGAAUGGCUCCUCUUGCUCUUUGGUCCGUGGCUCCUUAGGAAGCCCGAUCAUCCUCCCUCCCGAUUCCCAGCAGUCCUGUCCCCAAAGAGCCCCUGCCUCCCCGCCUCGGUGGAGUUUGCUCAGCAUCAGGACGUGGCCUCAACUCCCCCUCAGGCGGCCGGUGGCCAGAUCGCCGAGUCGGGAAGGCCGCAGUAUCUGGAACUGCGACCCGCCGUGGUGGCCGGAGGGGGCGCCCGCAGCCCACAGCUCCCGGCGCCCGGGUCUUCCGAGGGCCUGGGCACGGCGCGCUCCUGGAGCUGGGCCUGGCCCUCGAACCACACCGGGGCGCUGGCCAAGCCGGGGCCCGCGGCGCCGCGCACCAAGAGGAAGCCGUCCAUCAAAGCGGCCCGCGCCAAGAAGAUCUUCGGCUGGGGGGACUUCUACUUCCGCGUGCACACCCUCAAGUUCUCGCUGCUGGUGACCGGCAAGAUCGUGGACCACGUGAACGGCACCUUCAGCGUGUACUUCCGUCACAAUUCGUCCAGCUUGGGUAACCUGAGUGUCAGCAUCGUGCCGCCCUCCAAGCGGGUGGAGUUCGGGGGCGUCUGGCUGCCCGGGCCCGCCCCCCACCCUCUGCAGUCUACGCUGGCCCUGGAAGGGGUGCUCCCGGGACUGGGGCCCCCUCUGGGGAUGGCGGGGCAGGGGCUGGGGGCCCCCCACCUGGGGGGCGCGCUGGCCGGCCCCCUCGGGGGCGCGCUGGGAGUGCCGGGGGCCAAGGAGUCGCGCGCCUUUAACUGCCACGUGGAGUACGAGAAGACCAACCGCGCCCGCAAGCACCGCCCGUGCCUGUACGACCCGUCGCAGGUGUGCUUCACCGAGCACACGCAGAGCCAGGCCGCCUGGCUGUGCGCCAAGCCCUUCAAAGUCAUCUGCAUCUUCGUCUCCUUCCUCAGUUUUGACUACAAACUGGUGCAGAAGGUGUGCCCAGACUAUAACUUCCAGAGCGAGCACCCCUACUUCGGAUAGCGCCCCUGCCUGCCCUGAGCCCGCCGCCCCCCAGCCCCCCCGAGCUUCCCCACCAGACCGCAGCCUCCCGAGGUGGGACCCUUCCCUGUACACGCCCCCCCCCGUGUCCCUGUGACUGCCCCCCACUUCUCCCCCUGCGGGUAGGGUGGAGGAAAACAGCCUCUCCCCGGGGGGACUGUCGGCCAGCGCGGGUCUCCACUCCCUUUUGGCCCCGGGUGUCCCCGAGGCUGGGGUGGUCUCCGGAGAGGCAGGAGCACAGCCCCAGAGUGCGGGGCCUGGAGGCCUGCUGAGGGUCCCCCCUUUUUGCCCACCCUGCGGCUUUAACGACGCCCGGCCCCCUUUCUUGUCCCGUCCACCCCGCCAGACUGUCAAGUCUCCGCGCCCGUCUAGUCCCUUCCCUUUCUGCGUGCCCUACGUCGGUCCUCCUCUUCCUCCAAACCUCAGUGAAGCAAAAAAUCCCGAGCAGGGGGGCCCUGCCUGGCCCCCGCGCUCUGCCCCCCACUCCCUCCCUCGCCCGCCCGCCCGCAGUCCGGCUCCACCUGCCCUCUCUCUGGCCGCUUCCUCUCGGUGAUAUAUUUUUUUUUUCUUUUUUCUACGCCAAAACAGACGGGAAAGGGAACAAAAUAAAGCGAAAUCCAAUA